GCGUAAUAUAGGACAAGUACUAGUAGUCAAGAAGUCAGAAAAGAAAUCAACACUGCAAAACAACAAAGCCUGUUGACUAGUUCACAAUUUGUUGGACGACUAGCUAUUGCAUUCGCUUCGGAAGCAAUAAUAUUCAGUAAAAAAUGCAGGAAAGACUGUUGGAGGGAGUUGUUCUAUCAUAUCUUCUCUAGGAUGUGCUAUUUAACCUAUUUCCUCCUUCCUAGAACGGUAAUAAGUGUUGUACCUAGCAUAAGAUGUUGCAAGUGUUCGUCAGUGUCCAUGCGUGUACUUUUGGGAGAGUUUAUAUCUGCUCUGGUAGCAUUUGGUCUUCUGUUCGGAGGAUCUCUUUUGACUCUUCGCCGUCAACCGCCGUUGCAGAGAGUUGGUGCUCGAAGUCUAGCAGCUGUUUUCUUGCUGAGUCGUUCACGGACACCAACGGCAGCCACCUCUCCUUCAACUCUGUUUGCAUUGAAGGCCUCGAAUGAUGACCCAAAUACAGAGGGGCCCUGAUUACCUGUCAGCUGGUACAUAUUGUGUGCCUGUGUCAGAACAAGAAUACGCUUUGAGAUCCCUUGUUUCUAUUCCAUAUAUACUUCUCCGGGAUGAUAUACUCCGAUACGACGCCUUUGAUCGUGUAGAUGACUCAACCCCUUUCCCAAUGCACCGUGUGCACGGUGUACAUCAUGCUCUGAAGUUAGCUACCAUUACCUUCAAUAAUGGUUUUUAUUGUUUUAACUUCAUGACAUUGAAGACUCGGUAGAUGGAACGCGGAGCCAUCUGAUAGAAGACCGAAGACACCCGCAUUUUCUCCGUCUCUGAUAUAAAGUCUAGCAUUGACAACUAUUCCUAGUCAUUAGUUAGCAAUUAGUGUACAAAGUGGCUGGAUAUUGUAAAACUCACCUAUAUAAGCAAGGAGUUCAACUAGAUCACGGUUAAAUUUAUCACGUCUUUUUAUCUCCAUGAUUGAGAGGGCACUCGUGCUCUUUGGGGAAUCAUGAUAGAAGAGUAUAUAUAGUUGGUCUAUCCUUCACUUCCUCUUCGUCUCCCAGAUAAGCGAAGUUUCAAAUUGGAGGUUUACUCCAACCGAUUCCGGCUUCUUAUAAGCCCUAUGUCGAAACUGUUGCCUUCGGAACCUC